UUAUUUUUAUCGGGUAUUCCUUUUUGUCCUUCAUAGAAGACAGAAGCGCAGAGACAACUCAACCACAGCAGACAAGUCAAGCAUCCACAUCCACGGCAUCCUAUCCCUACUGUAAACAAUGUCUUCAUCGUUGAGAGGGAUACAUAUUAAUCUAUUUAAUGAGAAUUUUCUGAAUGAAUCCGAACAGGAUGCGAAUUCUGCACUAACAGAAUUGGACAAAGGAUUACGUUCGAAACUUGGGGUCCAGUGCGAGGCAAUUGUACGGUUUCCUCGUCUAUUCGAAAAGUAUCCAUUCCCCAUACUAAUCAAUUCGUCUUUUCUGAAAUUGGCGGAAUUUUUCCUAAAUGGUUCCAAUCUGCUACGUUUUUGGGUGCUACGUGUCUGUCAACAAAGCGAGAAUCAUUUGGAUAAAAUAUUGAGCAUAGAUGCCUUUGUGAAGAGAAUUUUUAUGGUCAUACACUCGAAUGAUCCAGUCGCUAGAGCUUUGACUUUACGGACGCUGGGAGCUGUUUCCCGGGUAAUACCAGAGAAGCAACAGGUUCAUCAUGCCAUUCGUAGGGCAUUGGAUAGUCAUGAUACUGUUGAAGUUGAAGCAGCCAUAUAUGCUAGCAGUCAAUUUGCUUCUCAGUCCAGGUCCUUUGCUAUAAGCAUGUGUGCCAAAAUUUCUGAUAUGAUUGAGUCGUUAAAAAUUCCAGUGCCAAUGAAGCUACAACUGAUACCAAUUCUAAGACACAUGCAUCACGAUGCCAAUACAGCAGCAUUGGUGAAAAAACUAUGUUUGAAUUUACUACCAAAGUAUCCUGCAGAGAGUUUUGUAGUGGCGAUUUUCGCUUCAUUGACUGAGCUAUCGGCAAGAACUUUAACAGGGGUGCCGGAUCAGGUGAGCCUGUUAUUGGAAGCCAUCAGCAACGAUCUACGAAAACCAGUUCGUGUACAGGCGCUGAAAUCCUUAAAUAAAUUAGCUGAGAAACAAUGUGUGCACGCUUGGCCCAAAUCGGCCAUAGGUGAUCUCAUUUGCAAAGCAUAUGCCUGCACAGAUUCAUCCGAGCAGUAUUUAUUUCUUGGCGUUAUCCUAAAGCUAAGCGACUGCCCACUCACAUGUAGCAUAUUGUUGGAUGAAGAUGCAGAGGCUCCAACUGUAUUGGAUUUGUGCAAAAAUUGUUUGUGCCUGAAGGACUAUACUACCGCCAGUCAAGCAAUUACUGUUUUAGCUUCCCUGGUAUCAUAUGCAAACAUAAGCAAUAAGGCUAAUCACAUUAGUACUAUUAUGGAAAUGAUUAAUUUGCAUUUGCAAAGUCUCAUUUGGUGUACCAUAAAGGAUGCAAAACAUUCUGAUGAUUUGAGAAAAAUUCUAGCAUGUGGCAUUAAGGUAUCGUCGGUGAAAGUUGAAUUUGGAAUUGAAUUGGUAAAAACAUUGGCUAAACUUUUAAAUGAUAAUGUGGAGUACCCAAGUGCCAACGAGAAGGCCAUGUGCGAGGCAUUGGGCUCGUUGUGUUCUUACUUCCAAUUGAGAAAAUUUGCUGCCCCUACAACUGCGUCCGAGGGAGAGGAAAUGGAAACGGACCAAACCAAAGAACAGAGGACCAAUCCUGUGCUAAAGAAUCUACUAUUGAUAAUGCGCAAAUUAACGACAACAAUUGAACGGGUUUCGCACGAAGAACCUUCCCAUACUGUCGAAAUUCUAUCAGCGGUAGCACUGCAAGCAAUGAUGGGCUGCUUUAUACCAACAAAGGUUAUGAGCACAUUCGAUGCCAUAAUCAAUAAAAGUAAUCAAUGGACACAAUACAGAAUCGCUCGUUCUGCCAGUCGGUAUGGUCAGCAUUAUCUGGCAGCCCAUAUUUAUUUGAAAUUAUCACGCAAUACAGUUGUGGACAAAAUGCAUUUCUUUUUAACUGGUUUGGCACAACUUGCACAUGCUGAAUGUAUCUUAAACUAUAGCGUAACCUAUGAAUUUAUGCAAGAGAACUACGAGGUGUGUGAAAACUAUACUGUUCGCAGUAUGCCACUGGAACAAUCAAUGCCACUUAUGCAACGCUUGGAAAUGGCCAUCAAUUUAUAUUGGCAGGCAUUGGCCAGUUUGAGAGCAAGUUCUUCACCAUCACAUCCAGCAGUUACGUUUCAAUUAGAGUUCUUGAAACUCAGAGCACAGUUUUUGCAAACCCUGCACUCGGCUGUUACCAUUAAAAAUGCCCAGAUCAUAGUACCACCCCCGGCCAUAGCCGGCAGUUUGGCUCAAAAUUCACGAGAUUAUUUGCAAAAGUUCGGACACGUAACCAAUCAAUUGAGGAAGUUGGUAAAGGAAUUGAAAAGCUGUGAGGAGGCAUUUGGUCGACUUUAUAAAUCUACCUUCGAUGCAGACCCGUUAACAUUGGAAUUUUUAGAAAUUCUUCAACAUCAAUGCACUCAAUUUGCACACAUCGUAGAAACUAUAUGUUUUGUAACUCCUUCCGAGCCGCCAGAUUUUCAGACCAUUGGUAAAUGUCCCGAGACAAUGUAUUUAGUGAACUCUUGUCGUCGCAUGGAAGAGUUGAGCAGAUCAAUACCAAAAGAGCCAUCUAAUAACAAAACCAUUAAUAAUUUCCACCUUGAUAUAAUUUUGGCAGAAAUCGAAAUCAUAACGAAAACCCCGUUAUGUUUGCCUCGUUAUUUCUUCCAGGUAUUGCAAUCGACGCAAAUUAAGCUAUCCGUCAUUCCACCACCACGAAGUGACGGAAAACCUGUGAAUGUACAGGCGGGAAGUAAUUUAGUAAUAAAAGUUGAGGGUGUUAUCCUUCAUUAUGGCAAAAGGCCAUCUCUUUUCAGAAGUGUUGAUGCCGUUCAGUUGAGUUUAAUUUCCAAGUUGGUACAAACUCCAAGACCUCCGGGAGGCGAAACAAUCAAAUCGCAAAAUGAUACCGUAACGCUAACGCAAGUUGUGAAGCCUCAACGUGAUUUCUUGUCAGGAAAUUUUUUGGUACCCAUAUCUACCGGUGGACAGUGGCAGGUCACAUUGGAAACCUAUGUCAUAGAUGAGAGCGGCAUUACCUGGUGCACUGGACCCAAAAAUACCAUGUUGGUUCGUGUAUUGGAAGAUCCAACGAAACAGCAACAGACUGCUGCUCCUUCAGCUCAAACUAGGCGUUUCUAAACAGAUAUGUUUUGUAAGCAAGUUUUUGUCCCUUGCAAAUCUAUUUUUUUAAUAUUUAUACCCUUUAAUAUAAAAUGAAAAAAACAUGUUUUGAUUCAAAAACAAUAAACUUCUUCGAACAAACUUUAUUUUUGGAAUGGAUAAUAGUCCAAUCCUGAAUUGUAA